AGGGCACGCGCCGCGCCGGCAGCCAGCGCGCCGCCGCCCGCGCGCCGGGCGCGCUGUGGCAUGGACCGCCAGCAGCCAGCGCGCCGAGCGGCACCUGCGCAAUGGCGUUCCGCACGAUUGACCAAACCCUGCGGAACCAGCGCGCCGAGGGCGGGUCGGGCGCGAGCGCGUCGCGCAGAAGCAAGCCCGGCCCCGUGCUCUCGCAGCACGCUGGGCACGGGCGAGCGGGCGGGGUUGGCAUGGACGAGGCCCCGCACGACCUCAACGCGGCUCUGGUCGGCAUGGACGAGUCGGGCUCGCGAAGCCCACCCUCUCAGUCCCGCCCCAGGGAGGUCUCUCCCACGAAGGUGCCGGCUGCGCGCCGUCGGACAAAGGUGGAAAAGCUGCCCCCGGAGAAAGCCGCGACAGUGCCAGGCCCGGUGCCCAUGCAGCACAGCGAGCGCCCACUCCGCUACGAGCGGCUUGCCGAGGGACAGCCUGUGGAGGAGGCGAGAUCGGCGGGCGCGUCGGAGGAGUCCAGAGGCGCGAGGGUGAAGAAGCUGAGUCCAGGGAGGAGCACUUUGUCCGUGGCCGAGCCCCCUGCCACGCGGGCGGACGGUCACUCCCCUGCCCACUCGGCGAGAUCCGCGAAGUCGUCGCGGGUCAGCCCCACGUCCAGGGGCACGAGGACGAGUCCGACUCGCUUGGGGCACCGCGUCGAGGAGCACCGCGUCGAGGACAUGUUCCUCCCCCCGAAGCAGCAUUCGGCCGGGUCCGUGGCGGAGCCGCGCCAGGAAUCGCAGGCUGCCCAGGAGUUCCUGACCGACGGCGAGGAGCACGAGUCGGAGCGGGGCAGGGAGGCCCCUGUGCAGCGCCCGAAACCCAAGCGAGUCAAGCCCCUCUCGUCAAGCACCAGCACAAGCCCACUCGCCAAGCGAAUCGAGCCCCUCCCGUCAAGCACCAGCACGAGCCCACUCGUCAAGCGCAUCGAAUCCCUCUCGUCAAGCACCAGUGGGCGUGGCCCGAUCCCCGCCGCUCCCGCCGUCCAAGACCUGUCGGGAGCGGAGAAGGAGCGGGCCGAGAGGGACCUGGACGCCGCGCUGCGGGCCUGCAGGGGUGGCGUGGUCUGGCCGCACGUGCGGCUGAUGGUGCGGGGCGGGGGCGGCGAGGGAAAGACGAGCACCAUCGGCGCGAUGUCCGGGAAGACCUUCGAGGCCAGCCAGAAGAGCACCGUGGGCGCCGGCACGCUGGACGUGGAGCUCCGGCAGGAGGCCCUCGAGGCCGGGGGCGGCUCGGGCUGCCCCCUGCAGCCCCACCAGCGGGUCGCCGACGAGUACGUCGCUGCGCUCGCCGGGCAGGCCGCGGAGGGCGCCGCCGCGCCCGCGGCGUCCAUGCUCGACGCCCCCCGCGCUGCCGCCCGGGCGGGCCGCGGGCCCGCCCCCGGCGCGGCGCCGCCCCGCGCCGCGGCCGAGGAGUGCGUCGUGGCGGUCGCCCCAGCGGAGGACCCCAGCCGUGCACUCCCCGCCUGCCCAGCGGCCUCCAAGGACCUCGUUGUACGGUAUGCUGCCGCGAUGCAGCACCCGGAUGCGAGCAAGCCGAAGCUUGUGUUCCGUGUGCAGGACACCGGAGGGCAGCCGGUCUUUGUGCAGCUAGUCGAGCGCCUCAUGUCUUCCGCAGCAACAGUGUACAUGGUGGUGUUCUCUAUACCCAAGCUGCUGAACACGUUCCCCGCGCACUCCAAGAAGGUGACCGACCAUCUCCUGGCAAUAGCAGCGUUCGCCCAAGACGCCCCACUGCUGUUGGUCGGCACGCGGAAGGGCGAGGCUUCUGAGGCCGAGCUGAAGAGCGUGAGCGACCAGCUGCGCCUGCACAUUGAGCAGCACUGCCCUCCCUCCGUCGCCCGCAUGGCCCUCGGUGGGCGGGGCGUCGACGGCAUGUGCUUCUUCGCCGUGGAGAAUUCCCAGGGCUACGCGGGCGACGAUUCCAUCCGCGAGCUGGUCCAGGCCUUGGAGCGCGCGGCCGCCAGUCUGCCCUCGAUGAGGCAGCGCGUGCCGCUGGCGUGGCUGCAGGUCUACGACGCGCUGCGGCGCCUGUCGGAGCGCCAGCGUCACGUCCCGCUCGGCAGGGUCCGGGAGCUGGCGGAGGCCCACGGCAUGCCCCACAGGGGGCUCACCCUGGAGCAGGAGGUCGCCUCGAUGCUCCAGUUCUUCCACUCGCUGAACGCCGUCCUGUGGUGGGGGGACGUCCCGGACCUGGCAGGCCUUGUGAUCCUCGAUCCGCAGUGGAUGAUCGACGCGGCCUCCUGCUUCAUCCGAGACUUCGGGCUGCACGACCACACCGAAGGCUGGGAGAAGAUGCGGCUCUUCGACGAGAGGGCCAGGCGGGAGGAGCUCGCGGCAUGGAAGGAGCUCACACAGGGCAGCGGCAUCCUGCACAGGUGCGUGCUCGACAUCCUCUGGCAGAGCCAGGACUUCUCGCAGCACCGGCAGGAGCUGCUGCUCCUCAUGCGCCAGUUCGGCCUCCUCGUGCCCCUCCCCAACCGGGCCGACCAGUACCUGGUCCCCGCGCUGCUGGACCAGCUGGACCCCGCGAUGGCGCACGCCCCAGCCUGGAGGGCGCUGCUGGAUGGCCGCGCCGCGGGCGCGGUGGUCCUGGACGCCGCGGACCUCUCCGCGGGCUUCGCGCCCGCGGCCGUGUUCAGCAGGUUCUGCACCGCGGCCCUGGCCUGCGGCGCUGGGGCCGCGGAGGGGUGGGUCCUGCGCCAGGACCCACGAGGCCCUCGUCACCUUCGGCCACCAGCCCACCGUCCUCGCCCACGACCCCAGCAGCUCGGGCAUCUACCUGCAUUUUGA